CCAGACAAGAUCAAGAGCACGGGCCAGAAGCGGAGCGAGCUCUGAUGAAGCUCCAGCCGAGGCUCUGCAAGAAACAUCAUUCGCAGGUCAAACGGAGAUGAGUACAUCGCCCUGAUCUACCGGCAUACCACACGAUGAGCGCCUCCCGCACGCUGGGACCGCGCAUAGCUCGUCUCCAUCUCUCUACGCGCUACCAGUACCUUCAAAGAAGAUCACAAUCAAGCACCGCCUCUCCCUCAACCCCCGCCAAACCAGGCUUCUUCCGCCGGAAUCGAGCGGGCCUUCUUUGGAGCGCACUCGGUCUGACCCUGGGAGGCGUCGCCGGCCAAUUCAUCGUCCACACCGUCUCUCCUCCUCCAUUGCCCGCCGUCGGCUCAAGAGAAGAUGGCAUCCUGCUGGCCGACCUGAACCAGCGCAUCGACGAGGAAUUCAAAGUGAAGAUUCUGCGCGGAAAAUGUCUAUCCAUGUCGAAGCAACUCAAGGGAGAAGUCGGAGGGUGGGUGGAGGUCAUACCGUUACCCGUAGAGCUGGGCGAGACGGCGGAGACGAAGCAGGGAUUGGUCACACAGCUGAAAGGAGCGAAGGGGUUCGGGGUCGAGAGAAUCUUCUUUAACAGAGCCGAGGAUAUGCUGGUCGCGGUCGUGUGGUUCGGCGGCUCAUUAUGCGGCUGGCCUGGCGUCACGCACGGCGGAGCAGUCGCUACUGCCCUGGCGGAGAAGCUAUCUCUCGCCGCCGCGCUGGCGGACAAAGACAACACCGACGUGCUCGCCGCAGCCACGCCGCAACGCCUUCCCGGCACAGGCAAUCACGCAAAGAUGCUUGCGCCGGCGAGCACCCCCGACGAACCCGCGCAAUUGAGUCUGGGCUACGUCAAGCCGACUUACGCCAACAAGUUCUACGUCAUUCGAGUCGUGCCUGCGCUGCCGCUGGAGGAGAGUGAGGCGGCGAAGAUGGUGCCCACCGAUCCGUACGGUGGUGCGGAGUAUGAAGCCACGCUGGAGACUUUGGAUGCGACGAUUUGCGCAAAGGCGCGGGCGAGGUUCGCGCGCAGUACGGCGCUUGAACGGACGAAGGAGAAGGCUGUGGGUGCGGCGCGGCAGAGCUAUGAGGAGUUCAAAGACUGGAUGUGGCCUUCGAGGCAGAAGCAGUCUCAGGUGGGCUGAAGAGUCUCAAUGACGGUGUCGAGCAUGGGAACUCGCAGCUCAUGCGCCCCGGAGGUGCCAGUGCCGGCUAGUGCGUUUGUGCCGUGUGUCUUUGCGCCAUACUACGAGCGACAGGGCUCAUAACGGCUUCGUGGUUGUAUGCC